GUUGCUUGGCCUGCUGUGUUCAUCCAGCUUCACACUCUGUUAUUUUGGAAUAUUGCGUUCAGUUUUGGUUGCCACACUAACAGAAGGAUGUGGUGACUUUGGAGAAGCUACAGAAAGAUUUACCAGCAUGUUGCCUGGCAUGGUGGGCCUGAGCUAUGAGAAGAGGUUGGAGAAACUUGGGUCUUUUGCACUGGAAUGUCGGUGGUUGAGGGGAAACCUGAUAGAAGUCUAGGCCUGAAAUGUCAGCCUUUGUUCCCCUGAGAUGCUGCUUGGCCUGCUGUAUUCAUCCAGCUUCACACUUUGUUAUCUUGGAUUCUCCAGCAUCUGCACUUCCCAUUAUCUCUAGAGGUCUACAAGAUUGUGAAGGGCAUGGACAGACUGGACAGUCAUAAGCCAUUUCCCAAGGUGGAUGAGUCAGUUACCUGGGGCCAGGGGUUGAAGGUGCGAGGGGCAAGGUUUAAAGGUGAUUUACGAGGCAUUUUUUUUUACAGUGUGCCUGGAACUCUGCUGGGGGUGAUAGUGAAAGAAGAAACUAUAGUGACUCUUAAAGGGUGUCUUUACAAAUAUAUGAAUAGGAUAGAGGGAUAAGGUCUCUGGAAGGAUAGGGGGUUUUAGUUGUGACGGGCAGCAUGUCGGUGCAGACUUGGAGGGCCGAAGGACCUGUUCCUGUACUGUAAUUUUCUUUGUUCUAAAAUUAUUGAACUUGAUUUGAAUGUUGGAGUAGGCAUGUCUUGCUGCAGUUAUAUAGGACCUAAGUGAGGCCACACCUUGAGAAUUAUGAGCAGUUUUGGUCUGAUGAAGGAUGCUUUUGCUGUUGAGGAAGUCCGGCGAAGGUUCACCAGACUGAUUCUCGGAAUGGAGGCAUUAAUGAAUGAAGAAAGACUGGAUUGACAGGGCUUGCACUUGCUGGAAUUUAGAAGAAUGAAGGUUGGGGGAGGAGGUGUUCCCAAAGAAACACAAAAUUGUGAUGGAAUUCGACAGGCUGGAUGCAGGAAGAAUGUUCGUGAUGUUGAAGUCCAGAACUAGGGGGUCACAGCCUAAGAAUAAAGGCAGAAAUCGCACAACACCAGGUUAUAGUUCAACAGGUUUAUUUGAAGUCACAAGCUUUCAGAGUCCACCCCCUUCGCCAGAUGAAGACGACAGGAAGUUUAGGGUCAUUUGUUGCAGACAGACUCGAGCUAUGUGCCCAUGGAUCCAAUAUUUUCCUUGUAGAAGGUUAACAGUUAGCACUUUAUUUUAGGUGAUCCCAGCCUCUUUCCCUCUACAUAAACCUUGCCAUAAACUCUCAUUUUUUUUUGGUUAAAAUUCAAUUUUGUCUUUUGUGCUGCAAUGUAAGGUAGUCACUAGGAAAUCCAAUGGGGAACUUGGGAGAAACAUUUUUACCCAGAGAGUGGUAAAACUAUGCAACUCUGUCCCAAAGGGAGUAAAUUUUGCAAGUCUGGUAGUAUUAGUGGGGAGAGAAACAGUUAAUGUCUUGAGUCCUGUGACUUUUCUUUGAAAUAUGUUAUGUAUUUUAUGGGUUAUUGGACUUCUUUGAGAGUGACCAUAAAAUAGUAGGGUAAUUAGUUUGUAAUUUGGUCCAUCAAGCCUGCUCUGCCAUACAUUAAAGUUUUGAUUUGACUUUAUCCCUUGUCCCCUUUUCCCUCCCCAUCCCCAAAUAACCUGAAUUCCAAUUGUGAAGUCAAAGACCAUAGAAACAGACCCUUCAGUCCAACCAGUCUGUGCAGACUAUAAUCCCAAACUAAACUAGUCCCACCUGCCUGCCUUGGUCUAUAUCCUUCCAAACCCUUUCUUUUUAAUGUACUAAUCGAAAUGUCUUUUGAAUGAUGUAACUGUACCUGCAUCAACCACUUCCUCUGAAAUUCAUUCCACAUAUGAGCCACACUGUAUAUAUUUUUUUAAUAAAGCUGCCUUUUGCAUCCUUUUAAAUAUUUCCCCUGUUGCCUUCAACAUAUGAAAUCUCCCAAAAUAGGGAAAAGACACCUGCAAUUCACCUUAACUAUACCCCUCAAGAUGUGUAGAAAACGUUAUGAUCAUGUGCCUUCAUUAUUUCACCAAAACAUACCUCUGAACCUGCAAAGAGACAUUAGUUAAGGCUUUGAGGUUUCACAUUCCACAAUAGAAACAGCACAUCAAACAAAUAAUCCCUUAAAAGGAAAUAAAAACAGAUCUUGUUGGAAAAGCUGAGCAAGUCUGGCAGAAUGGAUGGAGAGAAAUCAGAGUUAGUGUUUCAGCUCCUUAGACCCUUCCUCAGAACAUAAAAAGGCCUGGGAUGGAUGUGAGGAGACUUGUACUUUCUGAAUUGAAUCUGGGGAUGCAGAGUUUGCAUCCAUGACCACAGAGGGUGCUGUGAUUUGGCUGCUCAGGCAUCCAUAUAACUAGACCCCAACAGAGUUCAGUUAAAUUGGCAAGAAAACUCCAUACAAUGCAACAUAAAACACUCAUUUUGAAACAAUUGCAGCCUUGCAUCCAGGUCUGAGUUCAUACUUUGGGAAACAUGGAGGCAUUAGAGGAAGUGCAGGAAAGGUUUACUGAGAACAGUUCCUGGGAUGAGAACUUCAGACAUAUGGUUAGAUUGGAGAAUGCAGAAUAAGGUCUAUUGAGUCUGCACUGAUCUUCUGAAGAGCAUCCUACCAGAUCCUAUCCCCAUGUGCGGUUAUUAUCCACCUAGCCUACACAUAAUUGGACAUUAAAGGGCGAUUUAGAAUGGUCUGUCCACCUAACCUGCACAGCUUUUGGACUGUAGGAGAAAACCAAUGUAGACAGUUGCUUGAGGGUGGAAUUGAACCCAGAUCCCCAUCACUGUGAGGCAGCAGUGCUCACCACUGAGCCACCAUGUACUUGGAGUUUUUUUUUGGAGAAAAGUGGGUCUAGAGGAGAUUGGAUAAGGAGUUCUUGGCAGAAUCGAUAGAGAAAGACUGUACCUACUGAUGGAAGAAUUGAGAAUGAGAGGUCAAAAAUUUAAGAUAAUUAAUCAAGGAAGUAAUGGAGACAUGAUAAAUAUUUUUCAUGAAGUAAGUUUAGGAUCUGGAAUAAAUAGCCUCAAGGUAUGGUAGUGGAAAGUUCGUUUGGGACAUUCAAAAGAAAAUUGUCACCUGAAAAGGAAGAACAUGCAGGCAUAUUCUGCCUAUGCUGUAACAAUUUUAUCGUCCAGAGUCUUGGCAUUCAUCUUGCUGUUGGAACGAACCUCGGGCUAAUUCGCCCCCAUUGUGACGUUGUGGGUCCUGCUCAAAGGCCUCUGUAUACAAAGGGCUGCAUUUGCAUUGGUCGGAUCCCAUUCCCACAACACCAUCGGCUGUUGUGAUGAAUACAGCGCUCAGUCGCGAGGCCUCGACAGUGUGCCAGCAUCCAGCUGCCAGACGCCGAACGAAAAACUUCAAAAAACACUACCCUUGUAGCACUGAAGGCAUCUGACUGUUGUGGGAGCCAUGGCGACAGACUGUGUAGCAGAGCCUGGCAUGGAAGCAGCCCAAGUCAGUGAAAGUGCACUCGAUCCCCUGGCUAGUCAACUGGGGCCAGCAGAGCAGGCCAGUGACUCCAAGAGGCAAGGUGAAGGAGACAGCGAGCCCCUGGCAAAGGUUGCCCGGCUCGGAAUCGGCGAUUUACCACCACCUCCAGCUGCCAACUCAGCAAAGAGUCUGGAAGGGAGCAGCAUCCUGCCAACUUCUGACCCCCCCGUAGCCUCUGACCUCCCCGUGACCUCUAAUCUGGGCAGCCCUUCGGGCGACACAGGCUCACAGUUGGCCAAAAUGGAAGAGAAGAUGGGUGGAGGCCAGGAAUCGGAAUGUCUUCCUGAUCACCUGGAGCCAGAGGCAAAUGGAAAAAGUGAAACGGAGACCGAGCAAGCAAGUGAGAGCUGGGCAGAGCAGUGCAUGGAAGAUGUUUAUUAUCCGAUCGGAUACGAUUUCACCCAAGCUCCUCAACUUCUCUCGGGUGCGUGGAAGGAGUAUACGAGAACUGUGGAAAACUUCCUGAAGGGCUGUAAAUGGGCCCCGGAUGGUUCUUGCAUUCUGACCAACAGUGCUGACAAUACGCUGCGGAUCUUUAAUCUCCCCUCUGACCUCUAUACCGGGGAGUUGGAUGACCUGCCAGAGAUGAGUGCCGUCUUGCGUAUGUCUGAGGGAGAUACCAUAUACGAUUAUUGCUGGUACCCAAUCAUGUCAUCAAUGGCUCCCGAGACCUGUUUUCUGGCCAGCAGCAGCCGUGACAACCCGAUUCACAUCUGGGAUGCCUUCUACGGGGACCUGCGGGCCACGUUCCGGCCAUACAAUCACCUGGAUGAGCUGACGUCUGCUCACUCCCUCUGUUUCACACCCGAUGGGACUCAGCUGUUCUGUGGCUUUGACAAGACGGUGAGGGUGUUUGAUACAUCUCGUCCUGGUCGAGAGUGUGAGAAGAGACCAACACUGGUGAAGAAACGGGGGCAGACGGGGAUCAUCUCGUGCAUCGCCUUCAGCCCCGAACAUGACCUGUAUGCCUGUGCCUCCUACUCCAAGACAGUGGGACUGUACUCCCGGGACAAGGGGACUGUGCUCACCAUUUUACAGGGCCACCAGGGAGGAGUGACGCAUGUGAUGUUUUCACCUGACGGAAACCUGCUUUACACUGGGGGCCGGAAGGAUCCUGAAAUCCUGUGCUGGGACCUACGCCAGCCUGGCAAAGUGCUAUUCUCCAUGGUCCGCUCAGCGACAACCAAUCAGAGGAUGUAUUUUGAUCUGGAUAUUUAUGGGCGCUAUGUAGUCAGCGGGAAUACUGAGGGAACGGUUUCUGUGUGGGACACCUCGUUAACACCAACAGAGGGGCCGGACCCCGUCCUCAGUCCUAUUCUUCAAUUUCACACUCAGCAGGACUGCGUUAACGGGAUCAGCCUGCACCCACACAUGAACCUGCUGGCCACUACCUCAGGGCAGCGCAAGUUUCCGGAACCUGCUGAGAGUGAGGAUGAGGGCAACGAGAUCCUGAUGACCCACCGCAACAUCAGGGCUGAGAACUCCAUGAAGCUGUGGCUUUGCUCCCAGCAGCCUGCCCCAGCAACCCAGGCCAGCAGCCUGGCAAGUGGUUCACAAAGCAAGGACUCUGUCUUGGAGCUGGACUGACCCAGUUUUGCCUUACACAUGCAUUGAGGUUAGGCUGGAGCAUCUGCGUGUUGCGGCAGAAUAAAAUCGCGCCCGGUUGAAUGAGGUAAUGUUACUUUACUUGUGUUAGUUUUCUUUAGGUCUGGGAGAUUGACCUAUCCUCCACAGUCUGAAGGCUUCUCGCUUGAGUUACAAGUUGUCUUUCCCUCAUUCCAAGAGAUGAGGGAAAGGCUGCCCUCUGUUAACUUUCAGGGUCUGUUGGGCUUUGGGAGUGACAGAAAUGUUAAUGCCGUUGAGCAGAGAGGAGAGAACGAUGAUGAUUUGAAAUUGUGCUGUAGAUCGUCACUAAAGCAAGCAAUGCGACCAAGGCUGCCACAGCAUGGGAGUGUUUGAUGGGGACAGUGUCUGGGAAGCUUUACUGUGUAUCACACCGUGCCAUCCCUCCCCAAGGGGUAUUUGAUGGGCACAGUGUAGAGGCAGCUUUACUCUGUAGCUACCCCUGUCUGAGGCAUGUUUGGUGGGAGACAGUGUAGAGGGAGCUUUGCUGUGUAUCUAACCCUGUGUUGUACCUGCCCUGGGAGUGUCAGUUGGGAAGUAUGGAUCAGUUUUCCAGUCGCUGUAUAUGUUCUCGCUGCCAAGCACAAUAUUUUCAGAAAGCUUUGAGAGUAAGAGAGUCAGUGACCUUUGAAUGUGGAUUUAUCGUCCAACCUCACCGGGGAGUCAACGGACGAAGUUGUACAUUAGAUGAAUUGUCAGUGAGAGGAGGUCAGAGUGGUGCCAUCUGCAUCAGUUACUUCGAAUGUUUAGCAGAGGAUGCCCACCUUCCCAAGGAAUCACCCUCAUCAGCUAUGCUGAACUGAAUCGAUCCCCACAUCUCCCCCUCUCACUGAUCACCCUAUUCCUUUGUUCCUUGUAGCAUUAGCCUGCUUUCCUUUAUAUCCAUUGAUGCCUCCAAUUAAAUGCUGAUAUCUGGAAAAGACAACAGUGCAGUCAAGAGGCUGGACAGGUUAUCGUUUCACUCAGAGGCCUCCUGCGGUGGAACCUGAUCAUUACACGUUCCUUUUAAAUACUGGCCAGCUCUUCAAUGUUUUCUGUAUCUUUUACCUCGUUUCAGUUCAGCGCUGGGCUUUGUUGACUGGACAGGCAGACAAUGCAGUAGCCAGCUGCACCCUGAGGACCAGUUUGAGUGACGUGCAAUGGGAGAACCCAUGGGGAUUGCCCUGUAGGAUUUCUGGAUUGAAAGGGAUAAACUGGGGCUGUGUUUAAGAUCUCUUGCACUCUGCAGACAGCAGGGAGCAAAGGGAAGAAUUCGAGCCCAACAGGUUUUUACACUCCACCUUUGCUUUAUCUCACUGAUCACUCUAUUCCUCUGGUCCUUGUAGGAUUAUCCUGCUUUCCUUUGUAUCCAUUGAUGCUGUUCAUCUCAGCCACCCUCUGCAUUAGCAAAUUCUCUAUUUUCUCCCCUCCCUAGGUAAUGUCUCCUGAUUUUUUUAAUUGGAUAAAAAUAUUGGGAAAAAGAGCAGGAACAGGGUGUAGUACAGGUGGUGUCCCUUUUGCUGUCCUGGUCCCAGGCCGAAUUCAUUGGCUGGAGAUUGAGGAUGCUCCUACUCACCUCUACCAGCCUCCAGGAAUUCCGACUUCAUCUCCCACCAAUAAAACAAAAAGCAGGAAUAUUCACCAGACUUUAUUAGCUAGGGUGAGAAUUAGGAGCAGUAGGAAACUGUUGGGCCCUUUGAGCCUGCUCUGUCACUCAGAUAGAGAGUGACUGAUAUAGCUGUGACUGUCACUCCAUUUUUCUGUCAUUUCUCCCCCUCUCAUCCCCUAAAUAAGCCCUGAUUCCCGUGAUUGAAGACUCUGUCACAUGUGUUCAGUGACCCAAUCUCUACUGGCCUUUGGGGAAGAGAAUCCCAAAGAUUUACAGCCUCUAAGAGUGGGGAAACCCCUUAUUUUGAAACUGACCCUCAAUGGGAAACAUCCUUUCACCAUCUCUUCGCUGGGCAGCAGGGUGGCUCAGUGGUUAGCACUACUUGGGCCGCGUGUCCUGCUUCCACACUGUAGUGAUUCGGUGAUCUAUCCCUCAAGCCCCUUUCGCAUCUUAUGUCUCAAAAAGACUACCCCUCAUUCUUCUAAACUCCAGCUCAGCUUUUCGUCCUCGGCCAAAUUCCUUUAUCCCAGAAAUUGGCCAAGUGAACCUUCCCUGAACUGUCUGUUUAUUUAAUUUUACAGCCAUUGUCUUGUUUGGGGUCUUCAUUUACACGUGAAAGUAUCUCCCCUCUGUUCAUAGUUGUAUGGUUUUAAAAGCUUAAACUGGACACAUUGCCUUGGUGAAAGCACAAGGCUACUUGCAGUAAAGUGGUGUACAUCAUUUCACAAGUGACCUAUUCACAGGAGCAAGGAACUGAAAAACACUGACCGGCGCCAGAAAUUUACAUGCAGUUUGAAUAAAGUUACUCUGUUUAUAUUUUAGUGGGUUUUUUUAAAAACCAGGUUCUGUGGUGAGCCAUUCACCCUGUUUUCCAUUGUCUACAAACGCACAGAAGACCGAUAUUCCCUGUAAUCAAGGGGCACUCCUGUAGACACAUUAAAUUUCCCCUCCAAUAGCACAGGAAUGUUUUGAUAAUUUUGAGGAAUGGAUCAUAUUCUGCAACUCUGACUCUUUUGCUUUUUUCAAAACAACACACCACAGGAAUUGGCUACAAGGGCGAUGAUGUUUCGCAGUUGGCCUGUGCAGGGAGACCUCAGAGCUCUGCUUCCAGAAACAACAUUGGUUGAAGUCAAGGCCAGGGAGCUGAGCUUGGGGCUGAGACUUAAUUGUCUGCAGAUGGGGCUCCUUCUUUGACAGGGGUCCUGUAACCAGCAGCUGCAGACAGCAAGGCAGAGAUCCUGGGCUCUUUUCAAUAACCGCCAGUCCUGGCUUACUGGGGCCUGAACAGGGCCGAAUCUAACCAGAUUUUUAGAGCAGCUCACUUCAGCUGUUGCUCAUAACAAGUUAUUAGAGUUGCUGGCCUCCCUCACCAUUGCUCUUCACAGUCUUCUGGGGGUCAAACUGGAGUUUAGAUCAGACCUAGUCCUCCAGGGAAUGGCGCGAGGUUUCACUGAGCUUGGGGCCAGGAAGCGACACAAUUGAUCCAGUCUUCCUGACUUCCAUUUCCAUCCAGCCCUCAGGAGUGUGUAGAGGAUGGCCCGAGGGAGCAGAGGGCAAGUUGGAGGCAGUCAAUUUGGGAAAGGCACAGUGGGUGGGUUUAGGAGCAGAGAGGCUGGAGUUACAAAUUACCCACUGCCAGUAGUGGAAAGGUGUAGCAUUAAUAACAGACAAGGAUAUUGAGGACAGUGUUGAGAGCUCUUUUUCCGUGUAUUGGUCCCAAAUUGUACAAAUGGACGAUUGGAUAAGCUGCACAUACAGGCAGCCCCUAUCGGAAUUGGGUUGGUUCACAUACAGUGAGGAGGGGCGUUUUCUAUCCCCACAGACAUCUCUUCAGUCUCGAUCUGUUGAAUAAGUUGUAUAGAGUUUUAUCCGUCUCAGAAAUGUACUGUUUUUAAUAUUAAGAGGAAGUCUAUUAUCACUGGAGUGAAGACUUUGUCCUACCUGCCUGCUCCCAGUGGUGUCCUUAAAGUGACAGAGUGAUGGGCAGUUUCCACACGGUUGCAGAAAUCUGUGCCAUUGUGGCCAAACUCCUUUGCCUUCCCACCCAAGUGUUAAAGGCAACCUUGUAGUCUUGCACCCAGAGAUUGGGGUGAGAGCAAGUGUAGGGCAUUGAUCUGACCUGGUGACACAGAGUCUUCUCCUUGUGGGUGGGAAAUGGGCAUCCACCUUGCCUGGAUGCCCGUUGCCAGUGUGCAUCGGGUCAGGCUUUAGCUUGUUUCCUACCAUCGCCCAAGAAACAGCCAGUUUAGUCAGCCCGUUCUGUUUCUUCACUGCUCUGCUUGUUUGAGUUGAGAGUGGGAAGAGUUGCUGUACGCGGGUAGAGGAAAGGAAUGGAAAUAUCUCUCACUUGGGGCAAUGAUGGCAAGUCUGGAAAAAUAAACAUAAAUCUAGAACAACUAACAGUCUGUUCAGGGGCGACCUAGACUGACUAUCUCACACUGAUAUUGAAGAGGUGGUGCCCCUCAUCCACUUUAACUGAGCUUGUUAACUGUUUAUAGCAUGUGCUGGGGAUUUCGGUCAGGAAUCUUCCUGUAUCUUAAUAUCUUAGUACUUUAAUACCUGUGGCAUGUUGCCUGCGGAUGUUUGGAAAGAGUUUGAUUUUUGUACAGUUUUGUAUGUCAUCAAUUAAAAAGAAUGUGCUUAUCAAAUUUA